ACGUUUCGGGCAAAAGCCCUUCAUCAGGAAUAAGAAAGCCACCUUGUCCCUUUUUGGAAUGAUCAGGCGUUGGAGGCAAUUACCGAUCACUUAAGCACAGGCAGCUUGUUUUCUUCAAAUCCUGAAUGAAGCAGAAUCGACAGUCAGUGUCAGAAAUCCUCAGCUAAUGGAGUGAGAUGCCAUUUGACCGUGUAGUGUGGAUGACAUCCUAAAGCUGGAAUAACCUCUGUUGUUUUCUGCACACAUUACAAUGCCCUCUUGACAUUUAAGAUAUCUGCAUUUGGGUAUCCUGUAUCAUUUUUCAUGAACAGCACCUUGAAGGACUCUCGAACAUUGGAUAGCAGCUUCAUCAUUGGAAGAAACAUGUUGCUGAAGGAAUUCAUGUUUAUCAGUUUGGCAGCUGUUACAUUAACUCAAGCCAUCCCUUGGCAUGUCAAAUGUCCAGAUGCGUGUGUUUGUGAAGUUAAGCCUUGGUUCACGCCAAGGUCAAUGUACAGGGAGGCUCCAACAGUGGACUGCAAUGAUUUUUUAAUGACUCAAGUUCCCGAAAACCUGCCCGAAGAAACACAGACGCUAUUACUGCAGAGUAACAGGAUCGCAAAGAUCAAACCAGAAGAGCUGGAGCACCUGGUGAACCUGACGGAGCUGGAUCUUUCCCAGAACAGUUUCUCCAGGAUUGAAGACUUCACUUUGAAGAACAUGUUCAAUCUCCUGGUCCUCCAUUUGGAAGAGAACCAGUUGACCGAACUGUCAGCAGGCUGUUUCUCCGGCCUCACCAACCUUCAAGAGCUGUACUUGAACCACAACCAACUCAUCACCAUAUCCCCCACGGCCUUCUCCGGUCUUGAAAGUCUCCUUCGGCUCCACAUAAACUCUAACAAGCUGAGGACCAUUGGGAGUGAGUGGUUCGAGCCAAUUCCCAGUCUGGAAAUCCUCACGAUUGGAGAGAACGCAGUAGAAACGAUUCAGAACAUGAACUUUAAGUCUCUCAUCAAUCUGAGAAGCCUCGUAUUGAGUGGAAUGAGCCUGAAGGAAAUCUCAGACCAUGCCUUCGAGGGUCUGGAGAAUUUAGAAAGCAUUUCUUUUUACGAUAACAAAUUGCCUAAGGUUCCAAAGAUGGCCCUCCGGAAAGUUCCAGAUCUUAAGUUUUUGGAUUUGAAUAAGAAUCCAAUCCAAAGGAUCCAGCAGGGGGAUUUCACAGAUAUGCUCCAUCUCAAGGAGUUGGGCAUUAACAAUAUGGAGGAGUUAAUUUCCAUCGACAAGUUUGCUCUGGACAACCUCCCAGAGUUGACCAAACUGGAGGUGACCAACAACCCGAAGCUUUCCUACAUUCACCCGAGUGCGUUUCGCCUCGUUCCUCAAAUGGAAACCCUCAUGCUGAACAAUAAUGCUCUGAGUGCCUUAUACAGAAAGACCAUCGAGUCCCUUUCCAAACUCCAGGAGAUUAGUAUUCACAGCAACCCCAUCAGAUGUGACUGUGUCAUUCGCUGGGUGAACACCAACGAAAACCACAUUCGCUUCAUCGAGCCGCAGUCAACCUUUUGCAUGGACCCUCCAGAGUUUAAAAGCCAAAACCUGAGAGAUGUCCCAUUCAGAGAGAUGACCGACCGAUGUCUUCCUCUCAUUUCUGCCGAAACCUUCCCCUCGCACCUUGACACCGCAGUCUCCGACUCACUUUCCCUUCACUGUCGGGCUUUUGCCGAGCCAGACCCUGAGAUCUACUGGGUUACGCCGUCCGGUGAUAGACUUCAGGCCGACAGCACAUCAGACAAAUACAGAGUGCAGCCCGAAGGCACUCUGGAGAUGUUCAACAUCACAAUCAAUGAGGCUGGGCUGUACACAUGUGUGGCUCACAAUCUGGUUGGCGCAGACACGAAAAGUGUGACCAUCAGGGUGAGCGGAUUCUAUCCAGACGAUAAUGAGAGCAUCCAGCUGUAUGCACAAGAAGUGGAGGCACACCACAUCUUGCUGUCAUGGAUUGUCACCUCGAAUAUAAUCGCAUCAAACGUCACAUGGUCAAGUACAACCAGCAACAGCAGCUUGAAUUCUGUCUUCACAGCCCGAGUUCCAGCAGGUGUUCACAAAUAUAACCUUACUCAUCUGGAGCCAUUCACUGAAUAUGCAUUGUGUGUGCAUGUAUCAUACGUCCAGCUCCACAAUAAGAUAUCCUGCAUCAGGAUCAGGACCAAAGAAGCCAACUUAGCCACUGGCACCAGCGAGAUAAGAGUACAGUCCCUAAUCACCUUGACUGUUUGUGUCUUGUUUGUGGCUACAAGUGUCUUGUCCCUUCGUGGGCUCAUGUCUACAGGGCAGAGAGUCCAGGUGAAGCAGCGAUCUCUGGCGACGUGUGUACAAAAGAACUUGCCGGCCUCAAUGAAUGGGAUUUACCCUCCUUUCCUCAAGCACUGGGAAGCCACUAACAACUUGGGCAAAACUAUAGCGGUGGAAGUUCAAUCCACCCCACUGGGGCCCUCUCCUGCCAUUUGUUGUGAGGGUAACUGAAGCAAUCUCAUUGCAAAAAAGCUCCACAGACCAAGACAAUAAUAGACAGGCCUCCUAUCACUGUCCAGAUGAACAGGCGAACUGAAUCAAGAAAGCGACUUAUCGCACCUCUGUCUGCUGAAGUGAAGAAAUUAAAAAAAGGGAUUCUGGAUCCUGUCAAGUUUUUUUAGAUGGUAACAGUAAGAGGGUAACAGUUCUUGUAGCAGUAAACUCCCUCCUGGUAGAAAACUCCCUUCUCUGUCCAACUGAUGUCCACGUGUUCGUCCUGUACUGGUUAUGAACUCUGUUUAUAAGAGACAUAUAUAGGAAUCUGGGAAAGAUUAAAACAAAAAAAAAAUGGGAUCUUGCUGUUCAGAAAUGUAUCCAAUCUCUUAUGUAAAACGUUUGUGACCAUGUUGAUAGAGAAUCUACUGUCUUUUUUUUCCAGCCAGGCCACUUGAAGAUCUGAAUGGAAACCCUGAUUCGGUUUACAACAAUUUUAUACAGGAAAGUAUGCGCAUAUUUUUCUAGGUUCAGAUAGUGAUGCCACACUCUGUGUUUGAGCCCUCCCUCCCUCCGCCCUUUCCAUUGCUCGGAUGAUGUGGCCCCUUUCAGGACCGCAAAAGGAUUUUGCAGUUUUCAGGCAAUGCUAGUCUUUUCUAUCACUGCACCAUUGACCAAACUAAUUUUCUGUAGAUUUCCGGUACAGCGGACCAUUACUGGGCAAAAAUGAACGACGGGCGGAAACACAAAAGACCCACGGGGCAAUUCUUUUUGUUUGCAGUAUUUUCUGAAUAAACAACAAUGUAGAGGAAAGUUGCAAGUGAAACUUGUCCCAACUCUUUCUUUUCAAACUCGUCCAUCUGCUAUGUUGUUCAGCACCAUUCCAGGUGAAGAUGAUCUCCUGAGAGUAUCCGGUCAUUGUGAAGCUACUCAUCGACUGGAAUAAUCAAGUCUGAGGGAGGAUAUACUGAAAGGUUUUGGUUCUUUUAUGUGGGGAACUCUGGGGGCAAUGUUAAUUGAUGGGAUCGAGUGCAAUGCAGCUUUUACAUGUCUCCUGAUUUUGCUCUAACAGCAGUCCUGCAAA